UGGAUUGUCAUUAAUUGAGAUUUUCAACUGUUCGCUUACAAGCAGCUGCCAAAAUGCCAACCUCAUUAAAAAUUAAUGUUUAAGAGCACGCACAAUACACGACUUGCCGCUGGGUUUCCCUUUUCCUGUCACUCAAGGACUUCAGACUCUGAAUAUACACUUCAGACUUUGCAGUUGACGACGGUAUAUGUAACUAAAUACACUGAUGUCAUUUUCUGAUUCACUGUGUGGUCAGAUGCGUCAUCGAGUAACCCACCAAGAAAUGGACUCAACAGAGACCCCUGACCCGAAAUUUCCGUGAAAUCAGCUCAUGGCGAAUAGGAUACAUGUACCUAGAACGUAUCCUUGGCACAACCUAUUGUUCUAGGUCAGACUUGCUGCCAGGAUGUUCAGUUCCGACCGAGCGUCAAUAAAAGCAGAUCAACUUGUUGGAGAGCAGUCAUCAUUGCUGGCAAAGUCAGAGAAAUUUCUCAAUAGAAUUUAACACAGAAAAACAAGAUGAGAGUGUUGUCGUUGUACGCGUUGUUCGCCAUCGCCCUGCUAGUUUGUUGCCUAGCACCGAGCGAUGUGCUCAGUAAGCCCCUGAAGAAGAAGCGCGGCCGACACGGUCAGCAGGGUUGGGACCGUGGCGAUGGUCACCGGCGUCGGGGAUCAGGAAGACACGGUGAAGGCCACGGAGAGAGACCAGAACAUUCUCAAGAAGGCGACGGUUCCGGUGAUGAGAUGAGUCCAGCAGAUGGUAAUGCUAAUGACGGGGAAGGAGACGGGGGACGUAAUCACAGUAGUAAACGGCCCAAUGAUCGAGGCAUUUGGUCCAUCAGGCCUCGCUAUAAACCUGGCCAUGCCAAACGCCCACGGAAAGGUCCUCUUGGAUUCGAAGGCAAUGUUGCGAACGAAAAGAAGAACCAUAUGAAGGAAGCCAUGGGAUACAUGUCAAAGUUUGGUUACCUUGGCGAUAUGGACGAAGACGAUUGGAACACAGGCUCCGUCUCCGAGAAGCAAAUAAAGAAGAGCAUCAAGAUGAUGCAGAAAUUCAUGGGACUUCACCAGACUGGGGAGCUCGACGAGAUGACUAUGAUGAUGAUGAAGAAGCCACGGUGUGGAGUGCGCGAUGUCCAGCCGAGCGAAGUGUUAGUUGAGGAGAACAGCACAAACGUCGGACCACUGUCCUACCAACACUUCGGUCAGAGGUGGGACCAAACGGAGAUCACAUUCAGGAUUCUGAACUACCCCAGAAACAUGCCAGAGGCUGAUGCGAGAGAAGCUAUCCUAAGAGCCUUCCGGGUUUGGAGUGACGUCACACCCCUGACCUUCCACGAAGUGGGUCGGAUCGUGCCGGAGUAUGCCGACUUCUACAUAAAGUUUGGCACCGGUUACCAUGGCGACGACUACCCCUUCGACGGUCGGAACGGGGUGUUGGCGCAUGCGUUCUUGCCCAAGACCAACUCAGGCGAUCUGGAGGGCGAUGUGCAUUUCGAUGACGAUGAGUUGUUCACUUAUGCAAGCUACGACGGUACCAAUUUAUUCCAAGUUGCUGCUCACGAGAUCGGCCACUCUCUCGGCCUGAGUCACUCCAGUGACCCAACUGCAUUGAUGGCGCCCUUUUAUCCCGGUUACCAGCCAAUAUUCUACCUGCCUUAUGAUGACGUCGCUGGCAUCCAGUCGCUCUACGGUUCCAACCCCAAUCCACGGCCCUACCCUAAUCCUUACCCCAACCCUGAUCUAUCACCGCCAACCAAUCCACCUACCACGACCGUGGCUCCCCCUACGACAAAGAAAACAACCUCAGGCCCCAACCCCAACCCUACAGGCACCAUCCCCACCGUCACACCAGAAGACCCUUGCAGUCCACUCAUCGAGGCCACUACCAUCUGGAGAGGGGAAUUCUUUGCUUUCACGGGCGACAAAUACGGCCGUAUCCGCGAUUACCAAAUCUUGUCACAAGGAGGGGGAAGUACCACCAGUUAUUUCUUUCAAAAUUUCCCAGGGUCUAUAGACGCCAUCUACGAGUCACCAGUUAGCUACAAGCUCUUUGUGUUCAAAGGACCUUCUUACUACGUUUAUGAUGGGCUGAUGUUGGAAAGUGGACCCAACCCAAUCACUGACCUGGAUCCGUCUCUGCCCAGUGACUUGGACGCUGCGGUGUCUUGGGCCGUCUACGACAAGACUUAUUUCUUCAAAGAUGAACUAGUGUGGCGCUUCGAUGAGGUUACACAGACAGUGGACAGCGGUUGGCCCUACCCCAUCCAAGAUGUCUGGGUGGGACUCCCCAACAAAGUCACUGCUGCUUGGCAUGACGAAGAACAAUUUUUGACCUACUUCAUGUCUGGAAAGGAUUACUAUCGCUACGAUGACCUGUAUGCUGAGGUAGAGGUGGAUCUGUAUCCUCGAGAUUUCAUCCUUGAUUACUUCGGUUGCUUCUAACCAAUGCAAUCAUCGUUAAUAUUCAGAUUUCCGUUCCAUUUCUUAUAUUUCAGUUUGUUAGAUUUAUUUAAUCUGAAACGAGAUUUAGCAUUUGUCAGCACUUGCCACCAAAUGACACUAAAUGGUAUUUAUACUCAAAAUCAUUGAUAAAAGAGGAGGCUAUAAUGGUUACAAUAUUCUAUUGGAUAAUCUGAUUUUCCAAAGAUGAAAUUAAAGUAAAUCACAGUCGUGGAAUUCUAUCGAUAUUGAACAAUCGAAUAACCAUAAACAUUCUUAAAAUAUUCAUAGUUAUGGUACUUAGUAUUUACGUACAAAGUUCUACCGUCCAACAGUCUUUUUUUUAAAGAAACACGAUUCUAACCAUGGAGAAAUUCCAACUUCAAUUGAUCAAAUGAGUAAUUUAUUUAGCACAGACUACUAGCUUAUUUUCUGAGCUAAAAUAGCUAUGCUGGAGUUAAGACGAGGAAUUAUCUACUCGCUUGACCAUUGUCUAACUGAAGAAAAUAUAACUGUUUAGAAGUUUUCCAAUUCUAUUAGUAUACAGAGGGCAUAACAUUUUCUUUGAAUCCAAAAACUUCUUCUUACCAUAGUAAUAAACAAGUAUUCAAUUUUAAAA